CCCUCACAAACUUUAAAUCAAGUAAACAAAGACUAGAAUUUAGUAAUGAAACUGAAAGGGCAUACUAUGACAAAAGUAGAAUCGUAAGGAACAAGCGAAUAUAGCUCAAGGGCCAUGUUUUCUAAGCUUCCGACGUUGCUUCUCUUACUAUUCCUAACCAUGACAGUAGUACCAGCAUCAUCCCAAGAUAACCAUGGUCAUCUUAGUUUCGUCUUCAAUGGAUUCAAGUCAGGCGACCUGGACCUCGAUGGCUUAGCUCAAAUCACCUCAAAUGGCCUGUUGAGGCUCACAAACGACACAAAACAGAAAGCGGGUCAUGCUUUCCUUCCCAAACCAGUCACCUUCAAGGCCACCCCAAACGGCACCGUUUCUUCCUUCUCCACCACAUUCGUCUUCGCCAUCAGACCGGAGUACGCUACUUUGAGCGGCCACGGCAUCGUAUUCGUGAUAGCUCCGAUGAGGAGUCUGCCCGGAGCUCUUCCGAGCCAGUACCUUGGCCUAUUUAACGGAUCCAACAAUGGCAACUCAACCAACAGAGUCGUCGGCGUCGAGCUCGAUACGAUUCAAAGUACAGAGUUCAAAGACAUCGACGCCAAUCACGUGGGGAUUGACAUUAAUGGUUUAACCUCGGUUAAAGCUGAACCGGCGAGGUAUUUCGACGAAAAAAAAGGUGGGUUUACGAACUUAUCUCUUAUAAGUGGUAAACCGAUGAAAGUAUGGGUCGAAUAUGACGCUGUUAAGAAGCAGAUGAGCGUCACUUUAGCUCCGGCCAAAGCCGUUAAACCUCAGAAACCGCUUUUGAGUUUGACCAUAGAUCUUUCACCGAUCAUAAAGGAUACCAUGUACAUAGGUUUUUCUUCCGCAACAGGCUCUGUUAUUAGCAAUCACUAUGUUCUGGGUUGGAGCUUCAAGAUUAACGGCGAAGCUCAAGAGCUUGACUUCUCCAAACUCCCGAAGCUGCCUCGAGUCGGACCCAAACCAAAAUCCAAGCUUUUGACAAUUGGGUUACCGAUGAUAUGUUCGAGCUUGGUGGCUCUAGUGAUCUUUAGUUUAGUUCAUUACAUCAGAAGAAAGAGAAAAUUUGCAGAGUUAAUUGAAGAUUGGGAGUCCGAGUAUGGAACCCAUAGGUAUAAAUACAAAGACUUGUAUAUGGCCACAAAGGGUUUCAAGGACAAAGAAUUAUUGGGUAGCGGAGGAUUUGGUAGAGUCUAUAAAGGAGUAUUACCCUCCAAAACAGAGAUCGCUGUGAAAAGAGUCUCUCACGAAUCAAGACAGGGUAUGAAAGAAUUUGUGGCUGAAAUUGCUAGUCUUGGUCGGCUUCGGCACCGGAAUAUUGUACCCCUUUCGGGCUAUUGUCGCCGGAAAGGUGAGCUUCUUUUAGUCUACGAUUACAUGCCCAAUGGCAGCCUAGACAAGUACCUACACGACAACCCAAAAACGAUACUAAAUUGGAACCAAAGAUUUUGGAUCAUAAAGGGAGUUGCCUCGGGUCUAUGCUACCUCCACCAUCAAUGGGAACAAGUCGUCAUCCACCGUGACGUGAAAGCCAGCAACGUGCUGCUUGACGGCGAGUUAAACGGCCGGUUAGGAGACUUCGGUUUAGCUAGAUUGUAUGACCAUGGAACCGAUCCUCAAACAACCCAUGUCGUUGGAACACUCGGGUACCUCGCCCCGGAGCAUACUCGAACCGGAAAGGCCACAACGAACGCCGACGUUUACUCAUUCGGAGCUUUCCUGCUAGAAGUGGCAUGCGGACGACGGCCCAUUGAAGCGAGAGGAACUGAGACGGGGGAGGAGCUGAUUUUGGUGGACUGGGUUUUCUCGUGUUGGUGCGAAGGAAAGAUUAUCGAGGCCAUGGAUUCGAAUCUGAUAGAAUCUGAUUUGACCAAAGCUGGAUUCGUAUCAGAAGAGGAAGUAGAGUUGGUAUUGAAACUGGGGUUGUUGUGUUCACAUUCGGAGCCGAGGAUGAGACCGAGCAUGAGGCAAGUGGUGUCUUAUUUGGAGAGAGAUAUGCCAUUGCCGGAGCUGUCGAAGAUGGGGCUGACGGCGGCGGGGUUGACUUUCGCUCAUAAAGAAGGGUUCGAUGAUUUUGCAAUGUCGUAUCCGUCUUCUAUGGCGUUUUUCUCUCACGCUUCGUCGUCUUCUGUGGCCGAGUCACUCCUGUCUGGUGGGCGCUGAGCUGAAUCAGAGUUCUGAGUUCUGAGUUCUAAGACGUGAAAUGUGCAGUGUGUCAAUUGGGUUUCUUUUUGUUAUUAUUAUUAUUAGUUUUUGCUGUAUUGUUAGUAAUAUAUUUUGUUUUUGUUAUGCAUGAAAUUUGGAAAAUUAUAUUUAUUACUAAAUAAAUACAAUCAUAUUAUCUGCUAUCAGUUUUAAAGAGAA